CGUACAUGCUUACAAAAAUUUAAUAGAAAAUGGCAAACUCUUGAAUGGGUUGUUUACAAAAAGAUUGAAAUUCUGAAAUAUACUUUCAAUAAGUGCAAUAUGCCUCCCAAAAACAAGCGACAAUUAGCUGCAAUAAAAUGUUGGCAGAAAAGAGCCGUUAAAAACGAAGUUAAAACAAACAAAAGUCGGUUUGUUUCCGGUUGGCCAAGGACCGCGCCAACUCAAGACCCACUUCCGGAAUCCACCACCGUUCACAACCUAACGGGACCACUACUGGAAGUACUCAAAGAGGAGGAUCCCCUGCCGCUCGUCCCACCCGUCACGCGCCAACCCUUGAGCGAAGUCUUGCUCGUAAUUGAGGAACCAAACCCGGAACCAACCAACCCAACCGGAGCCGAUCCCAUCCCGGAAGUUGCCCGCUUCUGUUCCCUCUGUCUGCGCCCGUGCACCUCCGACCAGGUGGUCGAAUUCACCGCCGAACCCAGCUGGAACUGUCUGGAUGUGGCGAGCGGCCGGGACAAGUUGGCGCUACUUUUGGGCGUGGAUAUUGAGCUUGAGCGGUGUCCCGUUUGCCGGUCCUGCUGGACCAUGUUGGAAACGUUCGUGGACUUCCGGGAAGGGUGCCUGAAGGCGGCUGCUUGGAGGGCGCGAUUUUCGUUUGGGUUGGACGGGGUUGGAGACGAUUGGCUGUCCAAGGAUCAGCUGGAGACAAUGCAAUGGACGCGGAAGGUGGUUCAGGAACACGUCGAACGCAUUGAAAUGGCCGAGGUUGAGGCGCGGAACAGACAGGAUUUGGGCGCGAAUGAGUUGCCGGAGGAGAAGCCAGGGCUGGAAGAUGAGCAGGAUUGGGUGGAGGACGCAAGCUGUCCAGAUUCACCGGAACGGCUUAACGAGACCGCAGAAAUCGUGGAGAAAAUGGAAAUAACCGGAUUUAGCUGCGCAAAAUGCAAGCGAAAAUUUGAAACUAAAGCUGGCGCCUCAAUUCACUUUGAGUAUUGUAAAAAGCCGCCCAGAAAGAAGCCACUCGCCGCGAAGCUGCACACGUGCUCGGUCUGUUCGGCCAAUUUUACGCAGGCCUACAGGUUGGAAGAGCACCUCAAUAGGCACUCGGGAAUCAAGCCAUACUUGUGCCGCAAGGGAAUCUGUAACAAACCUAUGUACGGAAAGUGUCAACGAAGAAAACACGAAAAAAAUUGUAAGGGAGUUGAUUCGUCAAAUCCAAACGAUACUCCGGAAGCGUUAGACGUGGACAUCGCAUCCCUGAAAAAGCAACAAGAGAAAACAAUCUACUCGUGCGAAAAUUGCCCAAGAAGGUUCGACACCGAAGGAGGAUUGAAGAACCAUGCUUCAAGGUGCAAUGAACGUGUUGAGAGACGUAAAUUUCACACCUGCGAGAUCUGUUCGAUGGAAUUUCUCUAUCCUCAAACUCUUGAAGCGCACAUGAAUAAGCACAACGGAAUCAAACCGUACAAAUGUAAAAACGAAAGCUGCGGCAAGCACUUUUACGGAAAAGGUGAACUGUACCGGCACAACACGCUUUGCGGCAAGGACAAACCCAUCUGUCCGCUCUGUGGCGUCCAGCUGUCCUCGAAGGGAACGCUGAAGGCACACAUGGAAACCCACGCGGAAGAGCCCGUGGCCGGGUGUGACACGUGCGGUAAAAAGUUCAAAUCGUCAAAGAGUCUCAAGCGGCACCAGGCGGUCCACUCGGACGAGCGGAACUAUCCGUGCGGGGUGUGCGGCAAGGCGCUCAAGUCGGCGAAUGCACUGUACGUGCACCGGCGCAUUCACACGCAGGAAAAGCCGUACAGCUGCACCAUUUGCGGGCAAGGGUUUGCCUACAAAUGUUUGGUGAAGCCGCACAUGAAGAAGUGCCACGCGGAGGAGGGUUGAAGGGGUAUUUUUGUCUGUAAAUUUGAGCAAUAAAUGGUUUUGUU